AGUCGCUCUUUGCUCGGGUUGCCGUUGUUCGUGCCGUUCGCUCGAAUAUCCGGCGAUUAUCGACACUCGCAGAGAUCACACAGGUUUGGCGACGUCUGACCGGUGUCUCAAAAAGAAAAAAAAUUGAAGCAUGCUGCGGCCGUCACUCGACGAUCAGAAUACGACGAUUCGUGAUGCACGGACUCGGGAAGCGUGUCAUGUCUACCUCUGCAGCCAUCCGAUCCCGUGUGGGAGCCUGCUGAUGGGCCUCGCUUCGUCAUCGACGUCGCAGUGCGGCAACCUGUGGCAUAAGCACUGGGUAGUCAUCUUCGAUUUCGGUGAGAGAGAAGUGUACGUCUGCGACGCCACCAAAGACGGCACCGGGGAACUGCAUGGGCGUGGGUCCUGGGAGGAGAAGGCAUACGUCCACAAAAACGCCUACUCGUAUGAGAGGCACCUGGGCCAGCAGACACUUCUGAAGGAGCACGUCGAAAAGGUCGUGAAGGAGAUUCGCUACAUGGGCGAGUACCACUUCAAGAACAACAACUGCCAGAAGUGGGCGCAGAAGCUGCUGGAUCAUCUGGAAAUAAGCGUGCCUAGGGACAUGCCCGAUGCGCAGACUGUGUAUGAGCACGCUAAACCCUCCAUCUUCGCCGCACUCAGUGGUAUAGUGGGGAUCGGUGUCUCGCUCCUUCUGGGUGUCGUACUUAGGGUACACAGCUAGUGGCCAUCAAGGUGCUCUCGUAAACGAAAAAAAAAACGGUUGGGAGGUCCCACAAAUGGCAUCUUCGCGGGCAUCAACACAAGCUUCAGGCUUUCUUCCUUGUGUACAACAAAAACCUCUCACUCAAAUCUUACUUUCAAAAAUCUCUGACUAUUCCAAUUGCAUUCCAUACGUCACCUUUAGGUGGUCCGACUUUCGACCGACAAGGGCUCAGUUAAACACCCCCCCCCCCCCUUCAUCUUUUACCCGUCCGACGCGAAGCCCCCUCCUCCUUUUUCGUCUUCUCAGCAAUGCGCUUGCCUUAGUUUUUAUUUCUGUUUGUUCAUUUUUUUCACGCUUCUAAUCUCUCAGGGUCAACUUAUCUCAAUAUAUUUUUAUACGAUUUCACCAUUUUAAGUCGUUAUUAUCUCUCUUUGAAUCCGUUAUCCCCUUCCCCACGCAGACUAACAAGUUUAAAUUUCUGCAGCCUCUGCACUAAAGCUCUUUAUUCUCGAUGUCGGAUUACUCCCUACAUCUGCUAAUAAACUACAAUACUAAAAAAAGUGUGUAUUACCCCCCAUCGCCUAACUAACCGUAAUCCUUUUAAUUGUUCAGUUUUUAUGCCUGCACCCUUCCAGACAAGAGGCUGUGAAUUUGCUCUCUUAGGCCAUUGUUCAAAUUUGUGUGCGGAAACAGACAGUCUUUUAGUGUUGACAUUUCAUGAGAUCAUCUCCCACUUUAAUCAAUCUAACCAAAGUGUCUCUUGUGAUGCUUAAACGCUGUUACAGUGCACCGUAUUAAAUGUGCUCGUUUUAUAUGCUUUACAUGCUAACAUGAUGUGCUGCAAUAGUCACGGCCGCUG